CCUUAGACCAUUGACGGGUGCAGAGAAGAAUGUGUAAGGCAACGAAAUCUCGUGCUCUCACCCAAUAAUAACGAUAUUAAAUUGUGUGAAUGAGAAUGAAGCUUUCGUAUUUAUUGAACGCCCCUCGUUGUUAAAACAACAAACAACGUCACAAAAAUACGGGGCAUUUUUUUAAUCUAAAUGACUCAUCUACAGGAGGAAAAAAGUAGUUAUUUUAUUUGGCACGUAGACGUUGCUAACUAAUUUUUUCGCACUGUUUAAGAAUUUACAGUGAUAUUUUGAGGAGUAUCCUACGAGGAAAUCACACGAGACACAACGGACGUCGAACUUUGUAUGUAAUUGCGACCUUCAGCGGAUCGAUCGAUUCCAGCCAUGGAAUACAAAGUGGAAGCCCAUCGGAUUAUGAGUAUUUCCUUAGGGAAAAUCUACAACUCUCGUGUCCAGCGAGGGGGUAUUAAAUUGCAUAAAAAUCUAUUGGUGUCGCUGGUCCUUCGGAGUGCUCGUCAGGUCUACCUGAGCGACUAUUAUAGCGGCGCUUGUAUAAACGCUCAGAACGAACACGAAGGAAAGGAAUGGGACGUUCUAGACACGGAGCGGGAGAAAUUCCCGCCCGCCGCACCGUUCGAGCGUCCCGAAGAACCCCAACAAACUGAACAGCGUCAGAUGGACGAAGCAGUUGAAAAAGACCACGAUGAUGAGGUUAAAUCAGACCCAGGGCUUUGUACUUCCACCUUACAACAAGAGCAAACACGAAACUCUUCUUUGGACUCUACUGAUAACGUUUCAUCUGAAACAACAUCGGUGUCUGAAAUCAUUUGCGAACCCAAGCAAAACCAGGAGAGUCCAUCGGACAACGGGGAACAAGGGCAAGGACCCAAAACGCAUGUUUGUUCAAACAGGAAAAGGAGCGCUGAGGAGACGGCACGCGGUGACUCCCCUCAAAAAAGGACCAAAGUCACUUCCUCAAACACGUCCGAAAACGAGGAAGGCGAGGAAAUGGAUACAAGUAACGUGUCCAACCUCAUAACAAUUUUCGGGUCGAGUUUCUCGGGACUUCUGAGCAAAGAAGGCGCCAAACCCGAGGCUGAGGCCGAGGAGAGUGACUCUGGGUCAGGGCAAAUUUGCUGCGACCAAAUGUUGAAAAACCUAAACCCGUGGAGUACAGCAAUAGUGGCUUUCUGACUGUAAAAACGUCGUGUGUGGCGUACUAUACUCUACUUCUUAUCCGGGUUGUCCUCAAUGCACUGGUAACACGUGGUGAGGCGUGGGCUCAACAUUGAAGUGUGGGACUUCCCAGCAAACAUGAGUGGUGCUAACCAAAGUACUAGCUCAGUUUGGCCUGGAAGAUGUCUGGGCAUGCCUUAAGUGAAGGAAGUAUCUGAAUGCUGGUGCUACUUCGUGGGAUUACAGAUUUGUAUGCCACCGCAUGGGAAUUUAAGUGUUUGGUUCAGUUUGAAAGGCAUGUGAGCGAGUUGUGGUAUUACACCAUGUGCAAAAGUGUUAUGCUUGACUAAUGGAGGUCAAUAAUACAUGGACAUAACAGAACCCAUUGAGGGCCGAUUACACCAAACUUGAGACUGUACAAGGCUACGGCCACAAUGUCUUUGUUUUAUAAAGACCUGUACAUGUUGUAAUAUGUAGUGUGUGUGUUUGUGUACAUAUAUUGUUUUCCAAUGUUGCAUUCUGAAUCCAUGUAUUUUUGGUAUUUGCUAAUAUGACAAUUUACGUGUUGCUCACGUAUUAAACAAUUGUGAAAUGA